UUGAGACUUGAAAGAGUUUGUAUUCCUGAGAGACAGAGAGAAAGCAAUCUGAAACCAAAAUCCAACAAACAACUGAGAAAAUUCUCAACAAUCCGCUUCUUUCCUGUUCUUUUUAGCCCAUUUGUUUGCUUUUCAUUUUUAAGAGAAAUCAGUGUGCUUUGUUGUGGGAUGGGUGUUUCUUUUUCCUGCCCAUUUGCUACAUGCAGUGAUGUGGAGAAUGGCUUAGAAUCCAUCACGGUGAAGUCCAUUAGUUUCGGUGAUGAUGAAGUCAAAACACCAGUUAGAUCCACCAGUUUCAAAAGUUUAGAUUCCGAGCCAAUGAUAUUUAGAUCUGUAGGUUCCGGAAAGAUGAUACUGGAGGGGUCUGUUAGCUUUAAAGGGAGAGAUUUCGGGAGAAUGCUUUCAUUUAAGUCUCCUUCAUUGGAUAAAGCUGAGAAUUUGCUCAUUCAAGCUGUCAGUUUAAAUAGCCAACGAAUGAAUAUUCAAUCCCCAAAACCAGAUGGUUUAAUAGAGACUCCAAAACCAUCACCCGUUUUAGAUCCCAACAAUCCACAACACGAGGCAGCAAUAAGAUUACAGAAGGUAUACAAGAGCUUUCGAACAAGGAGAAAGCUAGCAGAUUGUGCGAUUCUUGUUGAGCAGAGCUGGUGGUGGAAGCUCUUAGAUUAUGCUGAACUCGAGAGGAGUUCCGUCUCAUUCUUUGAUAUAGAUAAAGAUGAGACUGCAAUUUCACGUUGGUCAAGGGCAAGAACUAGAGCUGCCAAGGUUGGAAAAGGUUUAUCGAAGAACGGUAAAGCUCAAAAGCUUGCUUUGCAACACUGGCUUGAGGCAAUUGAUCCAAGGCAUCGCUAUGGACACAAUUUACACUUCUAUUAUAAUCAAUGGCUCCAUUCUCAGAGUCAUGAGCCCUUCUUUUACUGGCUGGACAUUGGAGAAGGGAAAGAAGUAAAUAUAGAGAAAUGUCCUAGAUCCAAGCUUCAACAGCAGUGCAUCAAAUAUCUUGGUCCGAUGGAAAGGAAGCCCUAUGAAGUUAUCGUGGUAGAUGGGAAGUUUAUAUAUAAGCAAACAGGGAAGCCUCUCCAUACUAUUGAAGAAACUGGCAAUGCUAAGUGGAUUUUUGUUCUUAGCACAUCAAAGAUCUUGUAUGUUGGCAUUAAAAGGAAGGGUACAUUUCAACAUUCUAGCUUCUUGGCUGGAGGUGCUACCACUGCUGCUGGAAGAUUAGUUGUUGAUAGCGGUGUCCUUAAGGCAGUUUGGCCUCACAGUGGUCAUUAUCGACCUACAGAACAAAAUUUUAAUGAUUUCAUUUCAUUUCUAAGGGAGAACAACAUGGAUCUUACAGAUGUCAAGAUGACUCCGGUGGAUGAGGAAGAAACCUUGGUUGGCAAAAAAAGUAGUAACCAUCUUAGCUGCAACUCAUCUGAAGAGGACUUUAGCUUAGAGCCCGAAGAGAUCAGUGUCAGAGACUCUAUCAAAGAGGUCGUUGAUUCAAGGGAACAAGAAACUAGUGCAGCUCAAGAACACCCCAAGUCAAGGAGACUCCUCAACCUUAGCAGAACCUUGACAAAUCUUGAAAUACUGAAAAGAACAGAAUUGUUUGAGAUGUCAAAUGGUGACCAUAGAGCUGUUGUGCCAAGUUACUAUGAUAAUAUGAUGGAUUCUCCUUUGAAAGAUGGUUAUGAAACGGAAGAGGAAGUCACUGCUUUGGAACAGGAUUCAGUGGUUCCAAAAGAAAAGACCGAUGAACAUUAUUUAGAUAACGAGGUAGAAGACAUUCCUGACGAAUCGAUUCUUAAAAGAGUUAACUCUAGAAAAGGAAUGAAGUCCUAUCAAUUAGGGAAGCAGUUGUCAUGCAAGUGGACUACAGGAGCAGGGCCCCGGAUUGGUUAUCUGAGGGACUAUCCCUUGGAACUCCAAUUCCAGGCUUUGGAGCAUGCGAAAUUGUCUCCAAGAAGUGCAAUAUUCAAAUUGUACUUUUCUUUCUGGUCUACUAGUAGCCUCAGUCAAAAAGUUUCCACACCAGCAGGUGCAAGUGAAGAAAUGAGAACCCUAAGUUUACCUGUGCUCAAGAAGGGAAAUUUAUUACAGAGAAGUAUACAUUCCAAAUACAACUCUCCCCAUUAUGAAGGGGAGCAGUUGUAACAAACAUUCAAUAGCCAGACUCGAGUACAUUCCCGGUUUCAAUUUAGAGUGAAUAGAAUUAGAAAAAGAUGAUAUAUGAAUUCUUUUCAAUACUAGAUCCUUAUGUACAGAUUUUCUGAUUGGUUCAUUUUGUAUCAGAAGAAGACAUUACAAAUUGUAGGAAUUCUGGGUUUAACGCCCUUUCAAUACAAAAGGAAAAGAAUUU